AAUCAUACAAGUAACUCCACUGAGACGCAAUGUUGGAUGGUUCUUUGCGCUCAGAAACCGUGCCACUUUGGCAUCGGGGCAUGACUGACGUAGCCAUUGAGCUGCACAAAGCAGUGCACCCAGCAAGGUGGUGCAUCACCUUUGCUGAUCUCAAGUUCUUCCAGUCUGAAGUCCGUAGGGUCAUCCAAGAUGGGAUGACCUUUCAGGAGAACUUCGAAGCUUCGUAUGGGCCAAGCAUGUAUGUCGUGAAUGAACAGUACAUCAAGCCGGUCACAGCGGCUGCUGGCAAAAUGAGUUGGGCAUUGAUGAUGAAUCCUGAUGGGCUUGACUGCGAUUUGUUUAUCACUCAUGCUUGGCAGGAAGAUGUGUUCGAGUUCACCGAUAAAGUGCUGACAUCCUGGCCUUGGCGUGCACGCCAUGCUUGGUGCUGUAUGCUGGCAAACCCGCAGAAUUUAGAUAUUGGCGCUUUGCUUCAGUCCCCAUCAAUGUCUCCUUUUGCACUUGCCCUGCAGAGCUCCAAGUACAUGUUGGUGGUGCCUAACCGGCACAAGAGUGUCUACACAAGGUUGUGGUGUGGCUAUGAAGCCUACUUGGCCUUCCAAAGUAACAAGAUCAUUCGGACAGCUUCGCCUUCCAUCUGGCGAGAAGCUUUGUGUUCAUGGCUCAGGAUGUUUCCUGCGCUGCUGGUAGGUCUCACUAUUGGCGUUGUUUCCAAAGUGGGGCAGCUGGACCUAUUCUUGCAGUUCAUACUGACAAUGAGAAUGAUAGCGCUUUUUGCAAGCCUGGUGAGUCAACACUGUGGUCAGAUGCGACUGUGCUUGGUUGCCAACCAUGUGGGCCUAGCCAGUACUUCGGCGGCUUUUGUCACAAGUGGAACACUUAAAAAACAAUUUCAAUUUCUUCCUCUCCCGGGGUGGACAACGUAUGUUGUUGUCAAUUUCCAACGUAUUUGCAUUUGGCUCUAUUUCUUACUUGCUGAAGUUGACCGCGUGAACUGCCAAACAGAAAUGGAAGAGGCAGAAGCGUUGCAAAAGCAAUAUCAAGGGUCAAUUCGUCACGCAUCUUGCUCAGAAGUUCGUGACGAGGAGAACAUUCGGCAUGAGAUGGGUGACCAGGUUGAUGAAGUUGACCAAGUAAUCCAAGUUCUGUUGAAGGCAGGUAUGACAUCAGAUGCACUUCGAGCCGCAUAUUUGCAGGGGGUUGAACUUCGUCAUGCUGGCUUCGUUCAAGUGGCAAUCCCCGUGCUUGUGCUCGGGCCUUUGUUACUGUUGGGUUGUGGGCUGUUGGGGCAAUACUUUGUCGUGCUUCAUGAAACUGGUCAUCCACUUGCAGAAGUCUAUACACUUUGGGCGUCCAUUCAAUUCACAUCAAUCCUUGCUAGGCUUGCCUUCUUGUGUUUGUUUGUCAGACGCUCCAUCGAUGAAAGAUGUUUCAUGCUGAACGUGAUGGCAAAGAUUGUGACAGUAUUCUACUUUUGCCUGGUGGAGCUAAGUUCUUUGGGGAGUUUUUCCGAACUGAACACCGUACCGUUCAUUGUGUACUCCCUUUCCUUCUUGGUGGUGCUUUUCUUCGCUGUCUUGGGCAUCCGUGGCACAUUGAAGCUACCUGGUGGCAGGCAAUUGGCCCAAUUCUUCUUGUCACGGCUGGUGGUCUCGGGCAACUGGAGGCUGAGUAGAACGGAGCUUGAAAGCUCCCCAGAGUGUUCGGAGGUCUUCUCCCAGUCCACGGGAGAUGCGUCGGAUUCUUCAGGAUCCGACAGUUCCAGCUAAACGUGGUUGAAGCUCACAGACCAAAAAAGGAUCGACACUUAGGCGUCAACUGAGGCUGUGUGCACCGUUUUGUGGAAAAGUCCUACUUUAGGGCCAGACCUGCAGUCAUCAUUUGUAUGCAGUGGUUUCAGAUUAGAUGAUCUGCGCAGACCCGCAGAUGUCUUUUAGAUGGGGGUCC